AUGGCGACCGCGCAAGAUAAUAUCACCAUCAUGGAUGCCACCAUGAAUGAUGACGACGCGAUCGCUGCGCUACCCGAGACCGACGCUCUGAAGCAUUCUAAGGGCGUUAAUGCCUUCAUCGCGUUCCGAGUCUACUAUUCUGGUGCCUUCCCUUCCAUGACUCAGAGGUUCAGAUCUUCCCUGAUCAAGCAAAUGUGGGCGAAGGACCCCUACCACACCACCUGGAAACUGUUGGGCAAGGUGUUCACUACGAUCCGCGAUUACGUCGUCGAUGUUAAACCAAACCUCGCCGACUUCCUUCGCAUUGCUUGCCCUCAUCUCGGAAUCGUAGCUCCUGACGAUUACCUCGGCGUGUUCCACUGGCAGUUUGCCGAGGUCAAUGGUGAGGUGAAGUUCGUCCAUGACGACAAUGUCAAGGUCACUGUCAAAGGCCCUGACUGCACGAGCGAGUACGACAUCGUCCUGGGCUGCAUCAAUAACGGAUUUCAGAUCAAGGAUCACCAGGGUCUGCUCGAGCGUAUGCAGUCUGAGCCCGAGAAGACGUUGUCAUUCAUGCCAGAUGCUGAGACUCACCGCGGCCACUUCGAGAAUCUUGUGCUCAUGAAUCCUCAUGCCGCUAUCGGCCGAAUUAUGGACGGUGAUGCUGCUAUCGGCCUCAACAACAUGAGCGUCAAUGUCGUCUUCGUCGACAGCGACAACAAUGCUGGCCAGAAUGGCAGCACCUCCGACCACGGCUCUUUCGCCAGAUAUGGUGGAAUACAGCACAUGCUCACUCAAGAGGCUCUCAUGGUUGAUCACUACGACUGGGAGAACGCAGAGAAUCGCCCUCCGGCCAGUCCAUAUGGAGUCAAUGGCUUUGCGGUCCAGCAGAGUGAUUGGGCGGUCUUUGACAUGGCCAAUCCUAUCUGCUGUGACCGUCUCGCGGACAACUACUCGGCUACCAACGAUGACGAGACUGCCAACUCCGUCUGGGAGCACGAUUCCAUGACCAUCAAGCCCGUUCCCCCCCCGAACUGA